UUUUCUUUUGGGUAUCUUUAUCCAAGAACACUACAAAAUACCCUAAGAAAAAGAGAAAUAAAUACAAAGGGCCAAGUCACAGAGCAACAAGGAGGACAUGGAACAAGCCAAAACUGGUGAAGCUUUAAGGGAUGUGGUGGCCAUUACACAUAGUUGCAGUAGAAGUAGACACACUCUUUCCAAAACAAAAGAAUUAUGAACAGGAUGUUGGGUGAUAGCUGAUGUGUCUGAGUUGCACUAGACGGUGCUGCCGAACGGUUUGAAAGGGAAGGGUUACAUGCUAGACUUUGGAUUCACUUUGACUGUGUAGGAAAUCUUGAUCGGAUUUGAAUGUGCUUCAGUUUUGAAGUUAUAUUAAAUCAAGUAUUUGGAUACAGAGAGUUGGAGUAAGUUGUGGGGAAAUGAGGCUGCAGUUUGAGCUCUGGAUGUUACAAAGAUAGAAAGAAGUCUGCUGAGUUCAGAAAACUCAGAGAUUCUUGAUCUGAGGAAGGAAGCUGAGUUUACCUACACAUCUAGGUUUGGCGUGCAGGUUGUAGUGCUAGGAUGGUGGUGACAGGAAUGGAGCUAGCAAUUGGGAAUUGCUAUGCGAAAAUUCAGCAAAACGUGUGGUAGCAUCUUGUGGUGGUCGUGAAUUGGGUUGAAACUAAAAGGAAACUGCAGUCAUGUUGUCAGAUGAGCUCAUGAAUUGUGUUGGCUUUGACGAAAAUUCAAUUUCAGAUUUUUCCAAGAGAAUAUUUGAUAUGAAGAGUGAUAGGAUGAAGAGUGGGGUUGUAUUUCCUCAAAGAAGCAAGAAACUCCAGGAUAUUGAUCAUUGCACCAUAAAAAAUGAGGAUAUAAAAGUUAUCGAUCCACCUUCGGUCAAGGAAGCAAAUUUUGUCCCGGAGAGAACGCAGAAACCGAUGUUGGGAUUGCUUAAUUGGCUGAAAGAUGUUGCAAGAAACCCUUGUGAUCCAUCAAUAUGUUCACUACCAGAAAAGUCAAAAUGGAAAUCACAUGGAAAUGAAGAGGUUUGGAAACAAGUUUUGCUAGUUCGAGAGGAAUUUUUUGUAAAAAGACGAGUCGAUGCAAGUAGCGAGCAAUCUUUCUUGCAGAGAAAUCAGAGGAUGCAUCCUUGUAUGUAUGAUAACGAUACGGUUCCAAUUUACAAUCUUAGGAAGAGAUUAAGCAUUGACAAGAAGGUUCAAUCUCAAGAAUCUGUGUCUAAAUCAAGUGAUUCUUCUCCUUCAGAUUCAUCAGACGAGUACAAGCCCGUUCUCCUAGGGCCAGAUUAUCAAGCUCAGAUACCAGAAUGGAAUGGUGUGAUAUCCAACAGCAAUUUGAAGUGGUUGGGAACUCAAGAAUGGCCUUUAAACUUAAAGAAAGGAAGUAACAGAAAUCCCGUUGAAAGGGAUCCCAUUGGAAAAGGAAGGCGAGAUCCUUGUGGAUGCUUGGACGCUGGUUCAGUUGGUUGUGUCAAAUUUCACGUUGCUGAGAAAAGGCACAGACUAAAGCUAGAGUUGGGCGCUGCGUUUCUCCAAUGGAGAUUUGAUCAGAUGGGCGAAGAUGUUACAUUUGCUUGGAAAGUAGAUGAUGAGAAAAAGUUCGAGGAUAUAGUGACGUCGAACCCUCCAUCUCUCGGGAUAUGUUUUUGGGAUGAGAUUGUUGAGUCAUUCCCUUCUAGGAGCAGGGAAGAUCUUGUUAGCUACUACUAUAAUGUCUUUCUUUUGCGUCGUAGAGGACACCAAAAUCGGGUUACACCGAACAAAAUCGACAGUGACGAUGAAUCAGAAUCCGGGAUUACAACCAAUGGAUUCGGACACGAAGUGCAUAACUCACCUGGCUCCAUUUUCUACUCUCCCAAGAAGCCACGGCAUUUUUUAUUUUUGAUCUUUGUAAGGAAAGUGUGAAAAGGAAAAUUCUUGUGUGUUACAUGGAAAGUUGCAGUUGUAAUCUGUGGAAGAUGGAAGGAAGUCAAUGGGACGAAUACGUCGUGAUUUACCAACAAAUUGUUAUGAAAACGGGCUGUUUUCCGAGGCUCAGAUGUUCGGUUGGUUUUGAUUAAUUGGUUUGGCUAGAUUUUGUCUCCAAGAAAUGAGGAGGAUCUUGGUCGUAAGGGCCUCUUAAACAAGGCAAAUAGGUGUAGUUGGGAAGAGGAUGCCAUUUUGUUCAUUACAAAGGUUUGAUUCUUGUAUAUUUGCUCUCUCAUGUUGGCUUAUGAAAAACGUACAAGCAUGAUGCUUUAAAUGAUUAAAAUCACCGUUUAAAUUCUUUA